AUGACAUAUACGAUUGGCGAUAGAAGAAUAUCCAUAGAAGCGGACCAUUUACCGCCAGAAACGUUUGAGUUGAUAUUAUCGCAUCCAACACUCUUCAAAUACUGCCUUAACAAUGUAAGUUAUACCUGCUUGAUCGAUUUGAAGAAGAUAAUACAUCUCUAUGGAGAUGUGUUGACUAUAUACAGUACAUUGCUUUGUAAGAUACCCAAGUAUGAUGAUGUUACCAAUUUUGCUUCAAGAACCCAGAUGAGAGUGCUUCAGUUGGAAAACUCCUUCAACAAUUUGCUAGGUGACUACAAUAGUAACAACAACUUAAACUUUAAGGAGAGCUGGGACGAUAAGUCUUACGAAAAGGAAACCAGAAGAGCAUGCCUUCUCUGUAUACAAUCUGCAAAAGAAGUCUUCGCCCAGGUAAUAAGUUGUUUAAACUGUAUCGAGGUGUUUUUCUCCACUUUUGAUAAUCUAAAGAAGCUUCUUAUACCCUAUCUCUUAGGGCAAGCAGAAGAAAUUCAUGCCCUGUUGGAUAAACUAAGCGACUGGUUUUCUGUGGUAACAAUCGCUGAUGACGUAGUGAAGAUAAGGAGCUACAAAAAUGACGAUUCCAUCAUACUUCAGCAAUUGAAGAAAAUAGAAAGGAUAACUAGUGGCAUUGAAAGGGAGCUGGGAAUCUUUAAUGUUACAUUUAAGACAUUUGACCAACUGUUGAAGCUGUACACGGCCAUAUUGCUAGGUAGAGCUAUCUUAAAGAGAGACAUUGGCGAAGAGCAAUGCCAAAUAAUACGUAGGAGAGAAGUGUGUUUCCAGGCUGCAGAGCAUGUGGUCAACAUCCCGUUGCAUCAAGAUCAAUUACAUUCAUUCUCCGGAACCCAAAUAGCCAAAUAUGCGAUGAUCGGGUCGGUCGUGGUAUUUUUGUUGGUGUCUAUAGUGGUGUACAGGCUAUUGAAGGUGUUGGUUUGGUAA